GAAACGUGCAAAUUCCGCGCGCACCGCCGGGUGUCGCCAGUUGCUGUAGGUGAAGUAUCCGCGCAAGCGCGCUGCUGACUGUUUGACCGGUUCGGGUAGCUCUCUCUCUCUCUCGCUCGCUGUUUCUCACUGUGUGUCUUUCUACCUGCUAGAACGCGCGAGUGCGCGGCCGCGCGUUUGUGGUGGCGGCGGGUAGCAGCGGGCGGCUUGCCCUGACGCACGCCCCGUGGCCUGACGCAAAGUGUGCUUGAGGAAACGGUGAGAGGAGAUAUAGGAUUUCUUUUUUCCUUUUUCUUUUUUCAUGUGUAUUAUUCCUAGACAGGCGGGUCAGAGCAGCAGGUGACUGAGAGCCGCGUGAGUUUCAAGGGGGAAGACGCGGACAGCUAAAAGGGAGUCCAGGUGACACUGAACCCCUUCUCCCUGCUCAGGUGGAUUCACUUUCGGUGCGCUUGUUGCUAAGUGCGCUCAACUCCAGUAUCGGGAACAGUGCUACGAGCCUUUCCGUUUUCCCUUUUUUGGGAAAGGUGCACCAUAUAAGAAAAGAACAAGAGGAGAAAAUAGAACCAGUGAGAAAAGAUGAUGCGCUUUCUUCGUCGGACCUUCGGCCGGCGGUCUAUGAGGCGGUAUAAUCCCCCGGACGAGCGGGAUGGAGCCGGAGCAGAAGGGGGUGUUGGCCCAGGGGCAGUUCAGUUCCAGCACCACCAGCAGCAGCUGCAUCAUGCGCCGACUGUUGUGAGCGGAGGAGCAGUCGUUCACAUCCCGGCGGCGGGGGGUAGGAAGGCGGUCAUUACCUGUAGGGUACUUCUCCUGGACGGGACGGACGUCAGCGUGGAUUUGCCGAAACAUGCUAAAGGCCAAGAUCUUUUCCAUCAAAUUUUGUACCAUUUGGAUCUAGUAGAAUUGGACUAUUUUGGUUUACAGUACAUGGACACAUCCCAGGUUUCCCAUUGGCUAGAUGCCACAAAGCUUAUUAAGAAGCAAAUAAAAAUUGGUCCCCCCUACACUUUACACUUCAGAAUCAAGUUCUAUUCUUCAGAACCAAAUAACCUUCAUGAAGAGUUUACAAGAUACCUAUUUGUAUUGCAACUUAGACAAGACAUUCUUUCUGGAAAAUUAAAAUGCCCAUAUGAUGUUUCUGUAGAGCUGGCUGCCUUAUGUCUACAGUCUGAGCUAGGGGACUGUGACCCUGUAGAGCAUUCUCCAGAGUUGGUUUCAGAAUUCAGGUUUACCCCAAAACAGACUGAAGCCAUGGAAAUGGACAUUUUCCAUAAAUGGAAGGAAUUCAGAGGGAAAAGCCCAGCUCAAGCAGAACUUUGUUUUCUGAAUAAAUGCAAAUGGCUGGAGAUGUAUGGUGUUGACAUGCAUGUUGUCAAGGGAAGAGAUGGUGGUGAAUAUGCCCUUGGCUUGACUCCAACAGGAAUAUUGAUUUUUGAAGGGGCCAACAAAAUAGGCCUGUUUUUUUGGCCUAAAAUCACCAGGAUGGAUUUUAAGAAAAACAAACUGACACUUGUUGUUACAGAAGAUGACGAUCAAGGCCAUGAACAGGAGCAUACAUUUGUCUUCCGGCUGGAGAGUGCUAAAGCAUGCAAGCACUUGUGGAAAUGUGCACUUGAGCAUCAUGCCUUCUUCCGGUUGCGACAGACUUCUCAUAACAAAGCAGGCAGGAAUGACUUUGUCCGUCUUGGUUCUCGCUUCAGGUUCAGCGGACGAACAGAGUAUCAGGCUACCCACAUUGGACGAUUAAGACGUACAAGCACAUUUGAAAGAAGGCCUAGCAAGCGAUAUCCAUCAAGAAGACCGUCGACAGUCAAAGGAAUUAACCCACCUAAACCCCUUCACCUAAGUGCUCAUAAUACUGCAGACCCAAGUCUUUAUUCGCCUCAUUACAAACAAAACAUUUCUUCUGGCAUUGAUCACUGGCAUGCUGCUCACCCAGUUCAUCCAGUGCAUAUGGCAUCCUCAAGCUUCCCAUUGACCACACUGCCAAUACUAAACAACAGUGACCUGCAGUUGUUCAGCAUAGAAGAGAAUGGUGGAGCACCCUACAGCAGCAAAAUGCCCAGCAGGUGUCAUCAUCAUCACCACCACUAUCACCAUCACCAUCACCAUAACAGUUAUGGUAUGGGGGUCACAGACAGCAAGGACAAUCUAUCUCCUUUUCAGAACAUAACCAAGCUCAAUUCGGGUCUCCCCUGCAGCUACGAGGAGCCAAGUACACGUCUAAAGCAAGUGGAAAUGGAUGCAAGCAAGGUGUCUGGCCCUUGGCCAUCUCUGCACAUCAAUAUUAAUAGCAAGGGAGAAGAGAAGCGUUUAUCAGAAAAGAGCCUGCAUUCCCCUACUUCACCUUCUCUUUUGCCGGAGCACCUGAAGUGCAAUAUUCUGAAGGCCCAGAUGGAUGCAGCUUUCCGAGUUGGUGCUCAGGCUGUGAAGGAGGACUUAGAAAAACCUGAGAUCAGCAGGAGUACUGGCGCUUUGGAUCAUGCAGGAAGAAGUCCAUCAUCCCCACGAGACAUGUGUUCAUCUGCAGCAGUGCCUGAAAAGAGGGAGAGCAAGCCUCCUCGUUUAAAGAAGUUGAUACGACAGUACAGCUUCAAUCACAGUGAUGAAGAUGAUCUUCCUGCUGCUCUGGCUGCCAUCACCUCUCAAUGUAAUACUGGGAAGACCACUUCUCAAACUUCUUUAGAUGCACAGAUUCAGCCUCCUAUAUCUGCUAAGAGUUCAUCUGACCUUUCUGGGAAAAUGUCGCUGGAGCCAGGUGAUCUGCUUAUGGAUUUUACUGAGGCAACACCCCUAGUAGAGAUGCCUGUCAUAGACACACGUCUGCAGUGCUGUGGACACCCAUCAUCUCCUGCUAAGCCAAUGCAGUUAACCCAUAGCUACACCAAAAGACCUCAGAUCGAUGUCAUGCCCAUCCCUCACCCAUCAGCAAGACACACCACUCUGGUGGACAGUGCGGAGGCCUUGAGACGAGAGCUUGAUCGAGAAAAGCUCAUGAAAAGACUGCUGAUGACUGAGCUGUGAAGGCUCAGCUUUGGGCAGACACCGCAAACAUGGAUUUCCUUCGUGCCUUCAGCCUGUUUACAUUCCUCAGCCUGUGUCUCAAAGAACCUGACCAGAAUAUUCGAAUCUGACCCGUCGUGUCGUGGUGUCUUUGUGUCACCAUCGGUCCUUGUGUGUGUGUGUGCAUGUAUGCUGCUCAAACUGACUGCAGUCACAUCGCCUUUUGUGUCAUUGUUUGCUUUUAACAAUGUAAGAUCCCUCUUUUUAUCUCUAUGCAUAGGCCAAAUGUUUUACUUAUUUUCACAAAAAAACUUGAAUGCAAAGAAGCCCUUUGAUUGACAUGAGCUGUCAAUUUCUGUGAAAUCUCAUAAUUACAAGGUAGUCUUGUUUUACCUUAGAGCAGGGUUUUUUUGGCUUAGGUCACCAUUUCUGCUUCUUGUUGUGCCAUGAAUUUAAGUUUUGUCUCAUUAUUUAUCAGAAUGAUUUUAGAAUAAUUGAAAAGUGUGUUAAAAUGAAUAGAAGUUGGGUGGUGGGGAGCUCCAAAGUCUCGCACUAUUUAAGCAGUCUUAUAUAUUUGUCAUUUUUUAUUCUUUUUUUUUCUUUUAGUCUAAGGAAACACCUGAAUAGAGUCUGAGAUUUUUUUCUUCUUUCUUGAUAAAUUGAGCUUUUUUCUAGUGAUUGAAAAUGUUCUAUUCAUUUUUAAGAACCUGCUUUCUGCAGCACAGAUUCGCAGAGAUCCCAAGCCUAUGUUAACCGCAACCAGUACUGAAGGGGGAUGCCAGUCCUCCAUAGGUCAUACUCACACAUAUCAAUACCAAACCAAUUUAGAAGUCACCAACAGUCAGUCUAAUGGUGAAUCUUUGAAGAGAAGAAGAAAACUAGAGUCCUCAAAAUAAGAGAAAGGGAGGGAGAAAGAAGUAAUCAGAUGAUGUGAUAUCUGUUAUGUUCUUGACGACCUUGCACCUUGGGAUCGUCUAUCAUAUCUCCUGUACCCUAUUUAGGAUUGCCAGGAGCCUUAUUUUGACCCAACAAGGCUUAAAAAUGCCUUAGAUGGUUACACUAACUUACUCACACCAGGACAAAGUCAUCAGUCGACUUAAAAAUCAUUGGACUUUGGGAAGCAUUCACAUCAGCAGAAUGUGGUAAAUCCACAUAAAUGACCGAGCACAAGAGUCACAUGACAUCAGUGUUUACAAUUGGGAUGGACUGGCCCUGCAAAGAGUCGGGAGACAAUAACUGUUGUCUCUUAUAGUAAUAUCAUUGUUGGAGGUCUGAGGACAAGCCCCGCUUCUCAAGAAAGCACGUGUGAGACACUGUUUA